AGGUGCUGUGUGUCCAAGAUGGCGGCGCCCUGUAGGCUGGGGAAACUGUGAGGUAAACAGCUGAGGGGGAGGAGACGGUGGUGACCAUGAAAGACACCAGGCUGACAGCACUUGAAACUGAAGAACCAAUGCUCCCUGGAACAGUCUGGUAGCAGCCCUAAUGAAGAGACACCCCAGCCUUUAACACAGGUCCUGGACCCAGCACAGCAGUGUUGAGCAAGAGAAUGGCCCAGCCAGCGAAUGUCGGGGAGCUGCUCUCCAUGCUAGACUCCACCAUGCUGGGCGUGCGUGAUGAUGUAACAGCUGUCUUUAAGGAGAAUCUCAAUUCUGAUCGUGGUCCCAUGCUUGUAAACACCUUGGUGGAUCAUUACCUGGAAACCAAUUCUCAGCCGGUAUUGCACAUCCUGACUACCUUGCAAGAGCCACAUGAUAAGCACCUCUUGGAUAAAAUUAAUGAAUACGUGGGCAAAGCCGCCACCCGUUUAUCCAUUCUCUCACUGCUGGGGCACGUCGUGAGGCUGCAGCCAUCUUGGAAGCAUAAGCUCUCUCAAGCACCUCUUUUGCCUUCUUUACUAAAAUGUCUAAAGAUGGACACCGAUAUCGUCGUUCUCACAACAGGUGUCUUGGUGUUGAUCACCAUGCUACCAAUGAUCCCACAGUCGGGGAAGCAGCACCUGCUCGAUUUCUUUGAUAUCUUUGGCCGUCUUUCGUCAUGGUGCCUAAAGAAACCAGGCCAUGUGACAGAAAUCUACCUUGUCCAUCUCCAUGCCAGUGUUUAUGCCCUCUUUCAUCGCCUUUAUGGAAUGUACCCUUGCAACUUCGUCUCCUUUCUGCGUUCUCACUAUAGUAUGAAGGAAAACUUAGAAACCUUUGAAGAAGUGGUCAAGCCAAUGAUGGAGCAUGUGCGAAUUCACCCGGAAUUAGUGACUGGAUCCAAGGACCAUGAACUGGACCCUCGAAGGUGGAAGAAAUUAGAAACUCAUGAUGUGGUAAUAGAGUGUGCCAAAAUCUCCCUGGACCCUACGGAAGCCUCCUAUGAAGAUGGUUAUUCUGUGUCUCACCAGCUCUUUACCCGCUUUCCUCCUCGUUCAGCUGAUGUUACCACCAGCCCCUAUGUUGAUACACAGAAUAGCUAUGGGAGUGCUACUUCCACCCCUUACUCCACCACUCAACUGAUGUUGUUCAGUACGCCCAGGCAGCUACCUCAGACUCUGAGUUCCCCAUCGGCACGGCUGUUACCUGAGCCGCUACAAGCUACUCUUUGGAGCCCAUCUUCGGUUUGUGGUAUGACCACUCCUCCAACAUCUCCUGGAAAUGUCCCAUCUGAUUUGUCCCAUCCUUACAGUAAAGUUUUUGGCACAACUGGUGGAAAAGGAACUCCUCUGGGAACCCCAGCAACCUCUCCUCCUCCAGCCCCAACCUGCCAUCCAGAUGACUAUGUGCACAUUUCCCACACCCCCCAGGCCACAGCCACACCCCCCAGGAAGGAAGAGAGAACCGAUUCUGCAAGGCCAUGUCUACACAGACAGCACCAUCUUCCGAAUGAUAGAGGAUUAGAAGAGCUACAUGGAAGCAAAGGUUCUGUUACUCUAAGUGAUCUUCCGGUGUUUUUGGGUGAUCUGGCCUCUGAGGAAGACAGUAUUGAAAAAGAUAAGGAAGAAGCUGCAAUAUCUAAAGAGCUUUCUGAGAUCACCACUGCAGAGGCGGAUCCUGUGGUUCCUCGGGGAGGUUUUGACUCUCCAUUCUACCGAGACAGUCUCCCAGGUUCUCAGCGGAAAACAUGUUCAGCCCCAUCAGGGACUCGGGGCUCCAUUGUGAACCCUGAACCCUUCCACUCCUCCCUGGACAAGCGUGGGCCUGACACACCAAAGCAAGCCUUUACUCCCAUUGACCUGCCCUGUGGAGGUGCUGACUCCAGCCCUGCUGAGGACAGGGACCGCCAGACUUCUCUGGAGACCAGUAUCCUCACUCCCAGCCCUUGCAAAAUCCCGCCUCAUAAGGGUACGGGCUUUGGAAGUACACAGCCUCCCCCAUAUGAUCAUCUCUUCGAGGUGGCCUUGCCAAAGACUGCCCGUUACUUUGUCAGCAAGAAAACUGAGGAGCUGUUAAAGAAGGUGAAAGGAAGCCCUGAGGAAGACUACGUGCCCUCUACCUCCCCAAUGGAAGUACUGGACAGGCUGAUACAGCAGGGAGCAGACGCACAUAGCAAGGAACUGAACAAGUUGUCCUUACCCAGCAAGUCUGUCGACUGGACCCACUUUGGAGGCUCUCCUCCCUCAGAUGAGAUCCGCACCCUUCGAGACCAGUUGCUUUUACUGCACAACCAAUUACUCUAUGAGCGUUUUAAGAGGCAGCAGCACGCGCUCCGGAACAGGAGGCUCCUGCGCAAGGUGAUCAGAGCAGCGGCCCUGGAGGAACACAAUGCUGCCAUGAAAGAUCAGUUGAAGUUGCAAGAGAAAGACAUCCAGAUAUGGAAGGUGAGUCUGCAGAAAGAACAAGCCAGAUACAGUCAACUUCAAGAGCAGCGUGACACAGUGGUAACCCAGCUUCACAGCCAGAUCCGCCAGCUACAACAUGACCGCGAAGAAUUCUACAACCAGAGCCAGGAGUUACAGACAAAGCUGGAGGACUGUAGGAAUAUGAUUGCAGAGUUGCGGAUAGAGCUGAAGAAGGCCAAUAACAAGGUGUGUCACACGGAGCUGCUGCUCAGCCAGGUUUCUCAAAAGCUCUCAAAUAGUGAGUCGGUCCAGCAGCAGAUGGAAUUCUUAAACAGGCAGCUAUUGGUGCUUGGGGAGGUCAACGAGCUGUAUCUGGAGCAGUUGCAGAGCAAGCAUUCGGAUACCACCAAGGAAGUAGAAAUGAUGAAAGCAGCAUAUCGGAAAGAGCUAGAAAAAAACAGAAGCCACGUUCUCCAGCAGAAUCAGAGGCUCGAUACCUCCCAGAAACGGAUUUUGGAACUGGAAUCUCUUCUGGCCAAGAAAGACCAUCUUCUUCUAGAACAGAAGAAAUACCUGGAGGAUGUCAAGAGCCAGGCAAGCGGACAGCUGCUGGCCGCAGAGAGCAGGUAUGAGACUCAGAAACGGAUCACCCAGAUGUUUGAGUUGGAGAUCUUAGACUUGUAUGGCAGGUUGGAGAAAGAUGACCUCGUGCAAAAACUUGAUGAGGAAAAAGCAGAGGCAGCAGAGGCAGCGGAAGAAAGGCUUGACUGUUGUAAUGACGGCUGCUCAGAUUCCGUGGCAGGGCACAACGAAGAGGCAUCUGGGCACAACGGUGAGGCCAAGACCCCCAGGCCCAGUGGUAUCCGGGGCAGUUAUGGAGCUAGAGGAGCUGGAGGCAGCAGCAGCAGCAGUGAGCUUUCUACCCCAGAGAAGCCCCCAAGCCAGAAGGCAGGCCCGUUGAGCAGCUGGUGGGACACCACUGUGGGCGAGCCCUCCACCAGCAUCCCAACAGUGGGCUCACUGCCCAGUUCCAAAAGCUUCCUGGGCAUGAAGGCCCGGGAGCUAUUCCGUAACAAGAGCGAGAGCCAGUGUGAUGAAGACGGCAUGACCAUCAGUAGCCUUUCUGAGACUCUAAAGACAGAACAGGGCAAAGACUCAGGUGUGGAAGCCAAGAGUCCCCUCAACCUAGAUGGUCCCCAUCUGUCUCCCCCAGCCCCGGACAGUGUUGGACAGCUUCGUAUUAUGGACUACAAUGAGAGUCAUCACGAACACAGCUAAGGAGGAGGGUCAGUCAGUGUUAACUUGCAUCUCGUUGGCAUAGAACAGGAGGUGUGAAUGCACGUUCAAGGCUUUCCCAUUUCCAGGGUCUGCGUGGCUGCUCACGUGUGGUGAAAAUGAGACAGAGGUCCUUUUGGUAGCUGACCGAAUGCAGAAUGGUUUUUGGAUCUGGCAUUGAAAUGCCUCUUAACCUUCCCCUCACCCACCCCACACCUGUCUUUCAUUUGCCUAGCAGCUUGUACUAAUGGAGGGCCAGUGGUGUGUUCCUUAGUAGCUUUAUUUUCCUCCUUCCUUUCCCCCAAAUGGUUUCAUCCAUCGAACCUGUGCAAUAUGAGGCCAAAUUUCAUCGUGAGUCCAACACACCACUCUCUGCUUUCCUGAAGCUCAGAUAACGGUGGCUCGUGGUUAGACCAGGCAGUUGGCGGUACUGCAGGUAAGUCCAGUGUUGUCCCUUCCAGAAGGACAUAGCCUGCAAAGCUGGUUAUUGUCAUGUGAAGGCUUUUACAGGAGACUUGGCACUGCUUUUCACUGAUAUCUUUUUGAAGUUCAGCAUCUAAAGCAGCAGAUCUAGAAAAGCAAUGGUUCAUUCACCCUUACAUUCUUUUGGCGGUUCUGAUAGGCUUUCUUGAAAGUUCAGUGUGAACAAAUGCCUGUUGUUUUGACAGUGUAGCUGGCACUGUGGAGGCUGCACUUCUUUGCCCUUUGGGAAAGCUCUUGUCCCUCCUUCCCCCACUACCUCUUAUUUAUUUGGUAUUUGCUUGAAUGCGGGUACCAUGCUGCCCAUAGGUGGGCAUGUAGGUGGUAGUCUUAUUCUCUGCAGGCAGCAAGGGGAGAUGCCAGUGAAGCUCUUGCAGGUGUGAAAGUAUUCCUUUGGGCUGAGCCAUUGGUUACCCCUUUGGCUUGUCAGCUUCCCCUUGAGUUCACCUGCACCAGUUGUAUGUGUCAGCUGCUUUGUGAUGCAGCCGCAGCAAAGAGGCUCUGAAGGUUGUCUUGAGUUUAUGUGACCAGCAUUUCUCAGGCUCAGGGCUGAUUCAUGAUAGUAAGUUCUGGGCAAAGGUAGCAGCUUUUCUGGGCAAAGGUAGCAGCUUUUCCCACCAGUUCUGACUUUCAAAGCUGAUUGCUGGGAGCUUCGUGUUGCCCCCACUUUUCCCCUGUUAGGAAUGGCAGAGCAGAACCCAGGAGGGUAUUGAUGAGGUCUGACUGCCUGGACCCUGCCCCACGUGCUCCUGACGUCCCACCAGUCAGCAGCAAAGGACACAAUCUCGACAUAUGCUCCUGAAAUAAAUGCUAGAAGCCUAAGAACUGUUGCCUGGUAUUCCCACCCAGGCAAGCAGAGGUUUGUCAGGAAAGAGCCAAUGAACUAGGCUUUCCUGUUUCUAUUCUUUAUGUGAAAAGAAUAGAAUCGAAAGGUUCAGCCAUGAAGAAGUUGAAAAACUGUAAUGGUACAAAAUCUUACUCCGUAUGAAAGCUUACAGCGUAUGAGGGUGGACUUUUUUUUUUUUUUUUGAGUGUGGCAGUAAAUACUCUAGCUUCCCUAACUAAAGACAGCUGGACCACAUGACAUUCUGUGUCACCAUGGCAAUUCCAGCUGAAGACCAGUUGGGGUCAGGAUUUCUGGUGCCCGCUGACUGUUCAGCCCGCAGAGGCCGGCCAUUGCCACUGGAUGUCCAGAGUGAGGUACUGGAGAUGCCACACUUCUAAUUCAGCUUUGUCCAAAGGAAAGCUUACAAUCCAAUACAUUGUAGUUUUUCUGGUUCCAUUUCAGAAAAGGAUAGUGUGAACAAAUUCAGAAAGAGAAAAAUGCUACAGGUGAACUAUUGAACCUGGUUUUAUUUGCUUUCCCCCUUCCUAGAGCAAAGCUUCUCCUUAAAUGGCAAAGGAAAGGAGGCAGUCUAAGAAAGAACAAGCUACUUUAAAUGGACAGCUUGUGAGAUACAGGGAAGGGAGGCUGGAGGCCUGAAUCGAGGGUCCCAGCAUAGUAGAGUGGGCUGAGGUAGAGGAAGCCCCUCUGAGGCUCUGCCGGGCCCCUCAGCUUGGUCCUCCAGUGUGGGUGUCCAUACCUGGCUAUGCAGCCAGUCCUCCCAGUGCACUCCAGCUCGUGCUCUUUUGAGUUCUAGAAGACCACAGAUUUAUUUCAACUAGUUUUAUUCUGAGAGCUAUAGAUGCUUGGACUCAGUGGGUUCACUUGACAGUUGCAAGCAUUUAUUUUGAGGAUGAAAAAGUGAUAGGAGAUGGGAGGAGCUUCUGACAGGCAUUUGAGGCUCAGGCAAAGGUAUUAGAAAAAAUAAUGUAAUAGGUCAGGUCUGUCUUGAAACUGAUUAAGUAGCUUGGUAGGUGCAAACAACUGGGAGCCAGCACUGUGAUGGCUGACAUGCGUAAGUUACUCAGAUUUCCCUUCUGACACCAUCUGGGGUCAGUGUGAGCUGGGAAGCCUGGAAUCUGUGCCUCAUGCAGCACGGACUGUGUCCAGAAGGAACACUGCAGUAUCAUUUUGGGGGUGAGAGAGCAGGAAGGAGAAGUGGACAAAAAGGAGUUCCUGAGCCCACCUCAGUCCAUCAGCACACGCUGGUAUCUGAUAGAACUUCCACAGAAAGUCCACAAACACUGUUGCUAUGGGAACAGAUAUGUGAACAUAAGAAAACUGGCUCGAGAUUUUAAGAGGUGUCCUUGGAGCUCAGUGUUCGGAACAUUGGGUAAGACAGGUGGCUUCUCUAGGUUUGCCAACAGCCUUCAGGAGAGAAGACUUGCCUAACCUUGGGAAUCAGCUGCAGAAGGUUCUUGCUGAAUGUGAUGUGAUUAGGGGGAAAUAGUAAAACUAUUCUUAGAACCAUCAUAACCCAGGAAAAAGGCCUGGGAGCCACUGGCAGUUUGAAAAGUUAGCCCCUGUCCCCAUGUUGCCUGCCCAUAGCCAGAGGCCAGUGCCUCCCUGGGCGGAAGCAGUGCAACAGGCAACAGGUGCCUGGCUCUGGCCACUUGCGGCAGCAUCUGGAGUUCUCAGUGCAGAAAGAGUUGUUGUUGUAGCAGUUGUUCAGAGGAUAUCCAUAGUGGCGUGGGAUGGACAGGCCUGGGAAUUGGAACACAAUUGGCAGUAAGAAAGCCCGGCAUGCAUUUCUGUGUAACAGAACUGAAGUGUGCAUGGACCAGCUAGUGGGACUUUGCACCAAACACUAUGGGAAGCCAGAAAGAACUGAAGCACAAAGGAAAGCACCACGGGAGGAUGCUAGUAUUCUUAUUGGGCAGUCAGGGCAGGGCAGGAGGCACUGUGGAUAAGCUGGAGGGAGGUCUGGCACUGCACAGGCCUGGCCCGCACUGCAGUGCAGAUGGAGUGUCACCCACCCUCUUGGGCACUCUGUGUGGUCCAGGAGAAGCCUGGCCCCAUCCAGUGGCCCUCUAGGAAGCAAGCAGCCAUGUUUGCAGUGAUCUGGAUGGUGCCCUCCUGAGGUCCAGGCCCUGAAACUGACCUGCAGGGAUUAUUGGAAAAGGAAGCCAGUAGGAAGAGGUUUGUGUAUCUGUUUACAUCCAGAGGUCUGUGUCAUGGCCUUGUCCCCUUCCCCUGGAUUGCUGCAGUCCUCCAUUUUCCGUGAUUUCAAUUUUUUCGUGAAGGUUAAAGAACAAGUUUAGGCCAGAACAGGCUUCUUAUUUCCAUCAGGCUUCCCAGUACGCCCUGGGAGCGGCGUUCCUCAUCUCUCACCUUCGUGCCCUGCAGCCAGUAAUGCUCACCUCUGGGGUGGGGAUGGGGGGGGGGGGCUACCGCCAUGAGGGAAACCUGCACCGCCCUUGGCUUUUGGCCUCAAAAUGAGUUCACGAAGGCCAAGAAGCUGUCUACCCCUCCCAGUGCCGCAACCUUCUCCAUGCUCCAGGAGAGUAGGCUAGUUUAGCCAGCGGAACAGAUCUUUCAAGCAUUGAAGGGCCCCUGAGCAGCCCCUCCCUCUGCUCCCCUACCUUGCACAGUGUUUGGACGGGAGGGUCUGGUGCCGCUCUGUACAGCACAUGCCUGGCUCAUCACAGAGGCAGCCAGGCUCUUGCACUAGGAUGAAUCAGUGCUCACUCGAGGAGACAACUAUGGACCACAAAUACAUUACGGAGGAACAGAUUUUGCUAAGACAUAAUCUAGUUUUAUAACUCAAUCAUGAUGAACCAUAGGCGGCUAAUGCGGUUUAAAGGAUCCCAUCAGUGAAUGGAAUCCGAUGUUUUGACUGCUUUUAGUGAAAUGGAGAAAAGUUGCCUCUUCUCAAAAGGAUUAAACUUUCUCACCUUCACCUCAAAAGCACGUCAGUCCACAUCAGAUGCCAUAAAUACAGACUGCAAGAGAACAUGGUACAAUCUCAGUGAGUGGAAAUUGGAAUCAAAGGGUUUGCUGUCCUUAGAAUGUUCUAAAAUGUCAAGGCAGUUGCUUGUGUUUAACUGUGAACAAAUAAAAAUUUAUUGUUUUGCACUA